AGACGACAGAAGUGAGCGCAGGAGCCAAGAUGGGAUACCUCCCAGAUCUUUCCAUCGAGACCUGGACUUUAAUAGUCAUUUUCUUAACCCUAAUCGCAAUAUAUGGAUAUGCUCCAUAUGGCCUUUUCAAGAAACUAGGCAUCCGUGGACCCACACCUCUGCCCUUUAUUGGGACCUUUUUGGGGUACACAAAGGGCAUUCACAAUUUCGACACAGAAUGCUAUCAGAAAUAUGGAAAGAUGUGGGGGUUGUACGAUGGCAGGCAGCCAAUAAUCGCUACGAUGGACACAGCUAUGAUCAAAGCAGUCUUGGUUAAGGAGUGUUAUUCUGUCUUCACUAACAGACGGGAUAUGGGCCUAAAUGGACCCUUACGUGAUGCCGUACCAAUGGUAGAAGAUGAACAAUGGAAGAGGAUUCGCAGUGUACUCUCACCGUCAUUCACCAGCGGUCGCCUGAAAGAGAUGUAUCCGAUAAUGUUGCAGCACUCAGGUAAUCUGAUCCAGAGCCUUCACAAGAAAGUAGAGGCAGAAGAAGUCCUAGAUGUUAAAGAUGUAUUUGGACCAUACAGUAUGGAUGUUGUGACCAGCACUGCCUUCAGUGUGGACAUUGAUUCCAUCAACAAUCCCUCUGAUCCUUUUGUUGCAAACAUAAAGAGAAUGGUCAAGUUCAACUUCCUGAAUCCCUUGCUUGUGCUUAUCGUUCUGUUUCCAUUCUUGGGAGGAAUUUUUGAAAAGAUGGAUGUGUCAUUCUUCCCUGCUGAAGUGACAGGGUUCUUCUACAACUUUCUAGCAUCUAUCAAAUCAGACCGGAAUAAUAAAGAACAUAAGAAUCGAGUGGAUUUCAUGCAGUUGAUGGUGGACUCUCAAAGUUCAAAGAACAAAGACGAUGCAAGCUCCAACAAAGGACUGACUGAUCACGAGAUCCUGUCCCAGGCAAUGAUAUUCAUCUUUGCUGGCUAUGAAACCAGUAGCAGCACACUUGGAUUUGUAGCCUACACCCUGGCAACACACCCUGAAAUUCAAAAGAUCUUGCAAGAGGAGAUUGAUGAAACCUUACCAGACAAGGAUCGGCCAACCUAUGAAGCAGCGAUGCAGAUGGAAUACCUGGAUAUGGUGAUUAAUGAGGCGAUGAGGCUGUACCCUAUUGCUAGUCGAUUAGAGAGAAUGGCAAAGUCCUCCGUGGAGAUUAACGGUGUGACCAUCCCUAAAGGAACUGUCAUAAUGGUGCCAAUUUACACUCUACACCGUGACCCUGAUCUGUGGUCUGAGCCUGAGGCUUUCAAACCUGAAAGGUUCAGCAAAGAGAACAAAGCCAACAUAGAUCCAUAUUCCUUCCUGCCCUUUGGAGCAGGGCCAAGGAACUGUAUUGGCAUGCGAUUUGCUCUCUUGAUGAUGAAGUUGGCUCUGGUAGAGAUCCUUCAGAACUUCAGCUUUGUCACUUGCAAGGAGACAGAUAUUCCAAUGGAGCUGGGAGUUGAUGAAUUGAUUACCCCCAAGAAUCCCAUCAAACUGAAGCUGGUGCCCAGAGCAACCGUUGCCGAUUCUCCCUCAAGCUAACUUUUCGAUUAUCUGCAACAACUAUCUCUCUUUUUCAAACCAAUCUACAGCAUAACAGUUUAUUAAUAAUCAAAUUAAAGGACACCAUUUAUUGUCAGAACACCAUGUAAACUUGGCUCAAAAAGCUUGGUUAUACUUAAAAAAACAUUGUUUAUGUUUUCGUCCUUUUCAUUUACUCAAAUAACUUAAUUUUUCUCCAUGUAUUUUGACUAAAUAUAUCCUUCUUUGUUAUCCUUUUUAAAAUCUUGAAUAUAAAAGAUUAACAAUUUUUGUAAUCACCAGUACUAUUCUUAACACAUAUGCUACAUAAUUGUAUGGCCAUUUGUUAUCACUAUAUAUGCUAAUAUGUUACUGUAAAAUAGUUUUAUAACAUGAUCAACUUCUAUGUAACAGUGGAACGUACAUCUAAAAAAAAAAAACAACAACAUUACAAUUGUAUUUUAUCGCAAAAACGCCAUGUAGAGAGUUUAAAUAUGCUCAAAUAUCCAGCUUUGCUUGUUUCCAUGUUGUUGGAUUAUGGCUGUGCUCUUUGCUCUGCUUUUCUAAGAGGUUGGAGCGGAGAGCUUAUCACAGAGUGCACCUGAGGAGGCUUUACUCAGGAAACAGGGUUUGAGAUUGCAGCAAAUAAUGACCUCAUUCUCCAUCCCUUUCAAUCAUGGCUUUGCUCAUAUGACUUAUAUGUUGUAAUCACAUCUCAUUUGUACCUUUUUUUUUCAUUUAUCUAAUAAAAGUUCUUAAACUCA